AUGAUAACAGCCACCCUGGAUGACGACAGGGUCAGUCUCAUACGCCGCCGGUAGUAAAUCAAGCUUAAUUCAGCGUAAUCAGUUUGACGAGUUGUUCUCUGGUCGUUAUAACAAUGUAUUUUAAUGUAACCAGGAGUUUCCUCAGAGUGCCUUAUUGUGCUCCACUUUUGAUAUCCUGAGCCAAGGUAGAACGUUCCAUUUACGCCGCUCAUGCUGACAUAGCAAGGACUCUUCUCCGGAGAUGCAUCCCGGCAACGCUUUGGCUUGUGCAACGUUGAUGAAUAAAUCGAGUGGUUUCUAAAACUCGUUCGCCUGCGACAUUAUAGUCGGUUGGUCUGCCUAGCUUUACUGAAUGAGGGUGUUAUGGUCUGCGCAGCCACAGUCGGUAAGCCAGAGUCCUAUUGCACAUUUGCCACCGUCCAAACUUCAAACAUUUCUCCCGUGGGUCCAACCAAUAGCAUAGUUAAACAGGAUGCACACUUGUCGAAUAGCAUCACCCCCUCCCCCCCCCCCCGUUCACAACAAACACUUAACCAGGAUUUCAAACAACAACAUAUAUGUUGGCGGAAGGAAUCCGAAAUGACGCGGCGUGGACAUUUGUUAUGGGUGCGCAUUCCGGAUAACGCUUCCCAGAAUCCGAUUUGUCCCCCCCUCCCUUGUUGGUCCAGCGCACCUACCACGUGGCCCGUUAUAGAGGGGGGAGGGAAAAUUUUGUUACCCAACUGCCUAUAGGCUGUCGAGGUAGGGUUCGAAUCCCCUUCUCGCCAUAUGUUCCUGUCACUGUCCUGCCACUACCUCACUUUACGCAGUUGCCUUUCUUUUUUUGCUCCUUAGCAUCUCUACUACUUCAUAAUCUCCCAAGAGGGUGCGCCGAAGAACUUUGCGAUUGAGGCCAACUUUCCGAAGCGUAUCAUAGACUGCAGACCGGCCGAUGAGAGCGACAUCGAGGACUACGUGUCGACAGACGAUUCUGGUGAUGCGGCUGUCAGCAAGUCAGAUGACUGGACCCCGAAGACCGGUGAUCCACCCUCGUUCGAGGCUCUCAAUCUGACGAACCCGGAACUGCUCUUCGUGUUGGAUCUGGAUGCAUAG